UAGAAAUCGUCUGCUGUUGUUUGAAACGUCGUUCGGCACAUGUAGUUCAUAUGGAAUUGUUGAUGUAAAAUGUCGGAAAUCGAAGAAUUAUCUCAAUUUCUUACGCUAGAAACGCGACUAGAUGUUAAAGCUCUAGCUCUUCAACAGACGCUAGGAUUGACAGGAACAGCAGAUGGAAGGCAAAUGUUGAUUAACACAACCUGUGUUGUCAAAAAUUUAUGUAAACUUCUGAAUGAUUAUCAGAAAUCUGUUGCGAAAGAUGCUAGUUUAGCUCUCAUCAAUCUGUCUGCCGAUGAAGAUUUGACGUCAACCCUAGUUACAGAAGGAACUGAAAUUAUCGAAAACAUGUUGAACAUCAUCACCAAUCCAGAACACGAACUUGCAGACCCUGCUUGCAUGGUGUUGUCAAACCUUUCACGGACAAAACUUGGAAGUGAAAGGCUAUUCCAGACUAUGGGAGAAAAAUUAGAAAAAUACAUUGACAUUUUCUGUCAAGAAAAAUACAAUAAAAAAGGUGCCCGUCUCCACUACCUUGCAGCUGUAUUUUCCAAUUUGAGUCAAAUUCCAGCAGUUAGAAGUUACAUAUUAGAUCCAUCAAGAACUUGUCUUCAGAGGUUAGUUUCUUUCACAGAUUACAAAGAUUCCACUACAAGAAGAGGAGGUAUUCUCGGACUUAUAAAGAACUGUUGUUUUGAAACUGACCACCAUGACUUUUUAUUGAGUGAUGCAGUUGAUUUACUCCCAAAACUACUACUGCCUCUAGCUGGCCCUGAGGAAUUUGAUGAAGAAGAUAAUGAUAAACUACCUAUCGAUUUGCAAUAUUUGGGCGAAGAGAAAACCAGAGAGCAAGACCCCGACAUCCGUAAAAUGCUUUUGGAGGCUCUAACUCAGUUAUGUGCCACAAAAUAUGGGCGUGAAUACCUGCGCUCCAAAAACACUUACGUCAUCUUGCGUGAACUUCACAAAUGGGAAAAGAACGACAAUGUUUUAGCGGUUCUUGAACAUUUGGUCAACAUUGUGAUUAGGUUUGAGCACGAAAUCGGUUACGACAAUCUCAAGAAAGAAGUUGAAGUGCCCGAAGAAAUUACUGAAAAAUUUAAUGCUUUAGAGCCCGCUUUGUGAUCCGCUUUAUAAGAGCACACCAAUAAACUAUGGUUUAUCUUGUUA